AUGGCCACGUGGCUUUCUCACAGCAGAGUAUUCCAUCUUUUAGUCAAUCAAUCGAAUCGACGCUGCUUCAUAUUCCAAUCUUCUCGCCUUUUGUCUUUUCUCUCUCUCCUCCGCCAAAUCUCAUCUUCUCCGGCAAAUCUCGCCGCUUCAACCCUAAAUCGGAUGUCGCCUCCAACACCAUUUCCUUUCCAUCGAAAUUCAUCGACGCUCAUUCAGAAUUUUCUUCGAGGAUUAUUAUUUUUUAACUUCACCCAUCGCUUUUAUCUCUUCUAUCUCUCCUCCGCCAAAUCAGUUCUUCUCCGGCACCACUCAUCCGCUAUUCACAUCGCCCAGUUUCAGGUUAGUGAGCCGGGAAAAUGGGGAUAUUCAGCUGAUUCGAAGAGAGUGCUGGCUCACUUUUUUGGAACACAACAGAUAGCUUUCUGCAGUCCUGCCGAUGUUGAACCAUUUACGGAGGAGAAGAAGCAAUCACUAUUGACAAAGCCUCCGGCUCCAUUUCAGAUUUUGUUCGUGCUGUGA